AUGAGUUCUAUUAAUAAUUUUUUCUCAAUUUGUCUAUUGAUUGAUUUUUUGAUAGCCGUUAAUGAUGAUGAAGAGCUCCAACGUUGUAAGAUUGAUGAUGAAGAUUGUAUCUUUGAGAAUGCUAAUUUAAUUUUGAGGAAAUAUUUUAAAGGUCAUGACGAUUUAGGAUUACCAGUCCUAGAUCCAUUGAAAAUCGACGAACUAGCUGUCGUUCAAGAUCUAAAUGCAGUAAAAGUUGACGCAAGAGUUAUGGGUAUGGAUAUGACUGGAUUAUCUAAAGCAAAAUUAAUAAAAUUAAAAGGAUUUGAAAAUCAAGAGGUUGAAAUGAGAUUUGUGAUACCAGCUGGUGGCAUGUAUGGACCUUACAAAAUAAAGGGAAAAUUACUAAAAUUGUCAAUUGAAGGACAUGGUCAAUUAAAGCUCACAUUUACAAAUAUGGAUAUCGGAUUAAAAUUCAAGCUUGUUAACAAGACAGUUGACGGAAAGACAUAUUUUCAUGCUGUAAAACCAAAAAUGACAAUGUCAAUUACAGGUGGAACAGCAAACUUAUCACAUCUGGGCUCAAUAGCAAAUUCAAUCCUCAAUUGGAGCUUCGUGACAAUAGUGAAUGCCGUACGAGAUACCUUCUGUAAGCCAAUGUCUCAAAUUUAUGUGGAUAAACUUAAUGCAAUGUUUUUAAAAGUCGCAAUUGAUGAUUUAUUUUUACAAUAA